UUUAUUUUUUAAUAAAAAUACUUUAAAAAAGCAUGAGUCAAAAUAAAAAUCGUAUCAGUUUGAAUGAAGUAAGUGACAAGUUUACAGAAGAGGUGUUGACAGACAUUCUCUAUAAAGUUUAUAAUGGAAAAAAAGUGCAGCUGACAGACUGGGAUUUUGGAGAAGGAUUUGCCAAAGGUGACAAUUAUAUAUCCACAGUCAAUAAGGGUAAAUUAUAUGGUAUUAUACAUGAGGACCCACAGCAACAUGUGCAAGUUAAUUUUGUCGUGAAGUCUAUUCCAAAAAACGUCGGUAGAAGAAAGACUUUUAGAUGUGCAGAAUUUUUCCAUAAUGAAAUCUUAUUUUAUACAGAGAUCAUCCCAAAAUUUGAAAAAUUCUUAGCAGAUAAAGGACAAAGCAAUCUAUUGUGCAUUCCACGUUACUUGGUUUCUUACACAGAUGGAGAAAAUGAUUUUAUUGUCUUGGAGGAUGUCUCUCCCCUAGGAUUUGGACCUGCAUCCAGACAAAAUUGCAUGGAUUGGGAGGAAUGUACAGUGAUUUUAAAAACGUUAGCAAAAUUUCAUGCAAUAUCGUUUGCAUAUAGAGACCAAAAGAAGGAAGAAUUUAUAAAAUUUGCAAGUUAUUUAACCGAAACCUUCUUCAGUAAUCAUAUUUGGAACUGUUGGUACCAAACAUUUUAUAAAAAGUGCCUAGAUAUAGCUAAACAUGCAUUAGCUGUCGAAUAUCCAAACAGCAAAGCUGAAAAACAAUUCCAUUCCUAUGAAGCUGGUGAAUUAUAUCAUAAGUGUUCAAAACUUUGUGAGAAAAGAGACACCUCUACAUCCGUUAUAACUGCAGGUGAUUGUUGGGCUCCAAACUUUCUGGUCCGAGACAUUGGACAAAACCAAAAGGAAGCGUUGAUGCUUGAUUUUCAACUUGCACGCUGCAUUAGUCCUAUUUCGGAUUUAUCAUUCUUAGUUUAUUCGUGUACUCUAAAGUCUUUUCGAGAUCAGUAUUUCGAUGAUAUAUUGAAAGUUUAUCAUUCCGAAUUGAGCAAUGCUAUUAAAUCCCUUGGAUCUGAUCCAGAAAAAAUUUAUCCAUGGGAUUUAUUUAUGAAAGAGGUGAAGGAAUAUUUUAUUAUUGGAUUUGUAUUCGCACUUGAAUCAAUUCCACUUUGUUUAUUAGAUCCAUCUGAAGCAUUCAAUUUAGAUAUUAAAACCAAUGAUGCAGUGGAUAUUUCUGAAGUAUGGACAGUAUCUUAUAUUAAAACAUCAACUGGAAGACAAAGAUUGGCAGAUUUAAUAGUUCAUGCUACAUUUUGCCGUGAUACUACCUACUUACCUCUUCGCAAGAUAUAUUCUCCUGUUAACUCAGAUAAAUUUUCGAACAUAUUAAAGGACACAUUGCAACUGAUAGAUUGGGAUUUUGGAGAAGGAUUUGCCAAAGGUGACAGUUAUAUGUCAACAGUCAAUAAGGGUAAAUUAUAUGGUAUUAUAGAUCAGAACCCUCAGCAACAUGUGCAAAUUAAUUUUGUCGUGAAAUCCAUUCCAAAGAACAUUGGUAGAAGAAAGACUUUUAGAAGUGCAGAAUUUUUCCGUAAUGAAAUCUUAUUUUAUACACUGAUUGUCCCAAAAUUUGAAAAAUUCCUAGCAGAUAAAGGACAAAGCAAUCUAUUGUGCAUUCCACGUCACUUGGUUUCUUACACAGAUGGAGAAAAUGAUUUUAUUGUCUUGGAGGAUGUCUCUCCCCUAGGAUUUGGACCUGCAUCCCGACAAAACUGCAUGGAUUGGGAGGAGUGUACAGUGAUUUUAAAAACCUUAGCAAAAUUUCAUGCAAUCUCAUUUGCAUAUAGAGAUCAGAAGAAAGAAGAAUUUAUAAAACUUGCAAGUAAUUUAACUGAAACCUAUUUUGGUAAUCAUAACUGGAAUUGGUACAAAAGAUUUCAUAAACAGCUAGUGGAUAUAGCUAAACAUGCUUUAACUACCGAAUAUCCAAACAGUAAAGCUGAAAAACAAUUCAAUUCCUAUGAAUUUGGUGAAUUAUAUCAUAAGUGUACAAAACUCUGUGAGAGAAGAGACUCCCCUACAUCCGCUAUAUCUGGGGGUGAUUGUUGGGCUCCAAACUUUCUCGUCAGAGAUAUUGGGCAAAAUCAAAAGGAAGCCUUAAUGCUUGAUUUUCAGCUUGCACGUUGCGCUAGUCCUAUUGCCGACUUAUCGUUCUUAAUUUAUUCGUGCACUCUAAAGUCAUUUCGUGAUCAAUAUUUCGAUGAUAUAUUGAAAACUUAUCAUUCGGAAAUAAGCAAUGCUAUUAAAUCUCUUGGAUCUGAUCCAGAAAAAAUUUAUCCGUGGGAUUUAUUUAUGAAAGAGGUGAAGGAAUACUUUAGUGUUGGGUUAGUAUUCGCACUUGAAGCAAUUCCAUUUUGCUUAUUGGAUCCAUCUCAAGCGUUCGAUUUAGAUGCUAUUAUUAAAACUAAUGAUGCGGUGGAUAUUUCUGAUGUAUGGGCAUUGUCUAAUAUUAAAACUUCAACUGGAAGGCAAAGAUUGGCAGAUGUAAUAGUUCAUGCUGUUGAGAAUGGAUAUAUAUGAUAAAUAUAAGAGUUGUCUUUAGAGGAAUUUUUGCAGAAUGAAUUAUGAAACAUAUAUAUAAAUCGUUUUAAUAAAAUAAUGACAUAUUUUGGA